CUCAUAUUCCGAUUGGCUUAAACAAAGAUAUAUAUAAUCUUAUCUCUAUUAAUUUCUAAUCAACCACCUCAAAGCAGCAGAGAAAUUAAGUGGAGAUUAUGGAGAACACAAAAUAUGAAACUUUAAAGUUAACUCAAGUAGAGAGUCAAAUAAGCCGAAGGGUUAAUGGAAAGACGGUGCAUGCAAGCAAAAUUGAAGCUGAAACAAAAGUAAAUGUAGCAAAAACAAGAGUCAAAUCUUUUUCACAAGCUCUUAAUGCAUUCUAUAAAUUCACUCGUCCUUAUUCCAUCUAUGCAACGAUUGCUUUUUUAAUAUCAACGUCAUUGCUUGCGGUAGAGAAUCUCUCGGAUUUUAGUCCAUUAUUUUUUGUCAGAGUUGUUGAGGGAAUUAUAGUUAUAAUAUUGUGCGUAAUUUAUGCCGUUGGUAUAAAUCAAAUUUGCGACAUGGAGAUUGAUAAGAUUAACAAGCCAUAUCUGCCAUUGGCCUCCGGUGAAUUAUCUAUUACAAACGGGAUUCUGAUAUCUACAACCAGUGCUGUUAUGAGUUUGUUACUCGCAUGGAGAUCAGGAUCGCCAUACUUAUUAUGGAUUGCUGUAGUCUACAUUGUUGCAGGGUUUGGAUACUCAGUUGAUCUUCCAAUGUUGAGAUGGAAGAAAUAUUCUUUUGUUGCAACAUUGUCUUUUGUCGUAGCUCGCGCAACAGUGCAAACUGUAUUCUAUUUGCACAUACAGGUUUUCUUCUUUGGACGACCAAUUAUCUUCUCAAAUACUUUUACUUUCGGGAUUAUGAUUAUAGGUUUCUUUUCCGUUGUAACUGGACUAUUUAAGGAUAUACCCGAUAUUGAAGGAGAUAGGAGGAACGGAAUCAAAACUCUAGCGGUUAAAUUGGGCGACAAAAAGAUGUUUCAACUCUGUGUAUGCCUACUUGAAGUAGCUUUCAUUUUUGGAAUUCUAGUGGGAGGAAAACAAGCUUCAACAACUUGGAGCAGAUGCACUAUGGUCGUAGGACAUUCAAUAUUGGGCAUAUAUGUUUGGUACCGUGCCAAAAGCAUUGACAUACGUAGCAGUGUUGCCGCUGAGUCCUUUUAUAUGUUACUCUGGCAAGUUAUGAGCGUGGAAUACUUGUUGAUACCACUUUUAAGAUAAUUUACUGCAGCUGUGAUUCUGUGAAGAUUAUGCCAACGUAGUUUUUCAUUUUUGUUAUGGAUAAUUUCAUUUUAUAUUAAGAAAGAAAAAAUAAUUCCAAGGUAAUAUCAAUAUCAAUGUAUCAAAGUAGCUUACCUUGAAGGACAUAAGUGU